GAUUAUGAAACUGCUCACGUUGGCCUUACAGAGCCCUAUAAGCAACCCUGACCCUGCAGCUCCACAUACUGACCCAUCCUGGGCCUGUUCCCCACAGAAUGGGUCUGCUCCUUCCCUUGGCGCUCUGCGCCCUGGCCGCGUGCUACAGGGCUGCAUCUCUACCCCAGCAGGCCCACAACCCCUCGCCUCUCCUCUCCCGCGGCUGCAAUGACUCAGAUGUGCUGAAAUUCUCGGACUUCGCCCUGCAGGACAUCAACAAGGACCGGAGAAAAGGCUUUGUGCUGAGUCUCAACCGAGUGAAUGAUGUCUACCAACACAAACAGAGUGGUCAUGGUUCAGUGUUCUAUCUCACUCUGGAUGUGUUAGAGACUGACUGCCAUGUGCUCAGCAAGAAGGCAUGGAAGGACUGUGGUGAGAGGACGCUGCAUGAAUCAGUUUAUGGUCAAUGCAAAGCAAUAUAUUACACUAACUUGGUAGAAAGAAUUCUCUAUACAGCUGCUUAUAACUGUACUCUUCGCCCAGUUUCUCGAAGAGCGAUUUCCAAUAUGUGCCCCGACUGCCCAGGCCCUGUUGACUUGUCAUAUUCCAGUGUUUUGGAAGCUGCCCUUGAGUCUCUUGCAGAAUACAACAACAAGAGCACCUCGAAGCAGUAUUCUCUUGUCAGAGUCAUCAAGGCUUCUAGCCAGUGGGUGUUUGGCCCUGCCUACUUUGUGCAAUAUUUAAUCACAGAGUCACCAUGUACCAAAUCCCAGGCUGAGUCUGCUGCCAGCAAAUGCCCACUUCAGCUCCCUGACUCUGAUCCUGUUGGUCAUUGUGAAGGCUCUCUGAGCAGAAACAUAAAAAAGUUUGUCUCAGUGUCCUGCAAAAUCUUUGAACCACAGGUGGAAGAGCCCCAGAAGAAAAACAUGGCUCCCACCAACUCACCCUCCAAAGCUGUGUCUAAAGGAUCUGUCCAAUACCUCCCUGAGUUGGAUGAUGAGAAGCCCAAAGAGUCCCAGGAAGCGGGUCCCGCUUUCCCUGUGCAGCUGGAUCUAACCACAAAUCCCCAGGGAGAAACCCUGGAUCUCUCCUUCCUCAUCGCGUGGCCUGUGGAAAAGAAGCUGGUUGUCCUGCCUUUCCCCAAAAAAGAACAAUGCUCUGCUGAGUGCCCAGGACCAGCCCAGGUGGACAACCCUUUGGUUGUCCCACCAUGAGAACUACGUAGAGGAUUCCAUGGGGAUGCAGUGCCCUGCAGGAGAUGAGAAAUGGUGGGGAAGGGAGAGAGAGAGACAUAGAGUUCAAAUGUAGAGAGUAGCUAAUAAAACAUGUCUUCCUGACU